AUGAAUGAAUGGAUACUUUCUAUAAUUUUUGUGAUUCUUAUCCUUUAUUUUGGUCAUAUUCAUCUGGCUCUGAAAUUUUUACCAUUACAUAUGAAAGUUUUAAAAGCAUCUGAUUCAUUAACGUGUCCCAGAACAAAUAAUACUUAUCAAAAUCGUAUUAUGAAACAAAAUAAUAAAUAUUACUAUACAAAUAAAAUAGUACCAAAUAUACUCGAUAUUAAUAUCAAUGAUAACAAUAACAUACCGAUAAUAUAUUACGAGUCACAUGGUGAAGAUAUGUCGAAGCAAAGUUCUACAAUACCAAUAUUUCAUGAUUUAAGUUGUACAUUAUAUGAUAUAUUUCGAUAUGCAUUUAUUAAAUUUUUAUGUUGGAAAGAUGACAUCAGUAAUAUUAUUCCAACUGAACUUCAAAAUGAAAAAGCUGAUAUGUCAAUGAAUCAUGCUAAUGAAAAAGCAGAUCAAACAUUAUCAUGUAUUAAAAAAUUCUUUUUGGAUAUUAUCAAUAUUCGACAAUUAAAGGAAAAAAAUCUUACAAACGAACAAUGUAUUUCACGUACAUUAUCAUUAGAUACAUCGUUUGAUCAAAUAUUACAAACUGAACGAGAAAAUUUGAAUAAAAAUGAAGUUACUGCUCAAAAACUUAUACCUACUGUUCGUUCAACGAAUAUAGACAUAUUUAAUAUACAUAAGAUAUCGAAAAAAUAA